CCCCCUUCCCCCUUCCCCCUUUCCCUCCUUCCCUCCUUCCCUCCUUCCCUCCUUCCCUCUUUUCCUCUUUCCCUCUCUGCCUCCUCCCCUCUCUGCCUCUUUUCCUCUUUCCCUCUCGUCUUUCUAUUCUCUUUUUAUUCCUUCAACUAUUCUCUUCUUGUCCUUCAACUAUUCAACAACCAAGCGCGCGUGUCCGUCUUCAUCAUCCACCGAUGGCCGUUCUUUUCAUCUCCUCUUUGUGGAUCAUCGUUAUCCAAACAAUCACUAUCCUUUUGUCCGUCCAAUGACUGAAAUCACCAUCAAUCAUGUCUUCCGCACGUGAGCCAAGCUCAAGCAACGAGUCCUCCACCGACACCCCGACACCCACCCCAUCCUGCACCCCCCCCAUUCCACUUUCUGCGGCCCAAGAGUUUGCCUCGCUAUCCGACACCGAGGCUCUUAAGCAAGCCCUUGCCCUCAAGUCGGUCAUAUAUACGCAUUCAUCGUAUUUCAGCCGCGUCCGGCAAGCCAGAGAUCCAAACAGAGAAGCCGAAAUCAUCGUCAUUGGCGAAGGAACACAAGGCACCAUCUUCGAGAUGAUUGGUGAUGGCAUGGUCGUCAAAAAGGAGAAGCCCGAACAGCAAGGCCGGAUGUUCUGUCUCCAGGAAGAGUUUACCAUGCACAUUGCUGUAAAUGCGGCUUUUAAGCGUUAUCGGGACCAUGCCCGAUGCGACGUUCUCAUCCCCUACCCUUUCUACUACGUCCCCAAGGACUACGCCGACUUCUGGAACGAGCUGGAACACGAUUUCCACUCGCUGCGCAACUUCCACCUCACCCUCCCGGAGAUGGAGGAGCUGGGCAUGGACGUCAAGGCCCUGGCCGCCCAACUGGGGAAGGCCUUUGCCAUCAUGCACUGGGGUGCCGAGGCAGACGGCAACGACGUCGAGUUUGUCCUGGGGACCCGCAUCCUCCCAUCUUCUUCUUCUUCUUCUGCCGCCUCCUCCCCCUCGUCCUCCCCCUCGUCCUCCCCUGGCUCACCUCGCCCCGCCAGACGGGCUACCGCUUGGGCCAACGAGGACCCCAACUUCCAGCGCAGGGAGGUCAACCUCUUCAUGGUCGACUUUGGACGCUGCAACCGCGUUUCUCUCCGGAACGGCCCCCCGCCCGUGGUGUACCAGCUCUACAAGGCCGCCAUGGCCAGCGGCGCCAAUGAGCUGUACGUCCCUCACCCCAGGCAGACGCCUCGUCUGUUUCGGGCUUUUCGGCAGGCCUAUGUCGAAGUUGCCGAGGCCAUUUUGAAGGACCGGGGGUUGCAGAAUAGAUUCAACGCCGACGCUUUUAUGUGGGAUUUUGAGGACUAUGCCGAGGUUUGCCUCAAGUACAGGUCUAUCGACUGAAGUCUGGCCUUGAGGGUUUCCGUCAGCCAGACUCUGGCUGCCAGAGACGGUAAUAAGGUCGGUGUUUCGGCGUAUAUUCUUGCUGGCUGCAUUGUGGGGGGUUGGCGGCAAAGGCAUACGGAAAAGGAAAAGGAAAAGGAAAAGGAAAAGGAAAAGGAACAGGAGCAUUACUGGAUGAGAUCAACAAACAGGGAAAUAUUCUGCCCGGCUGCGGCGCGACUUUCGUAGGAUAGGACAGAAAAGCCGGCAGUCUAGCGACAUGAGGACAAGUGUAUUUGAG